ACCGUCCUGUUAGACGCCGUGAUAAGAAACAGGCCUUUCAAGGAACAUCGGAGACACUAUGACGGGGAAACAGGGCGCCGUGUUGUCGGAAAGUUUAAAUCUAUCGGAGAAAACCUCUCUGGGUGUUAAUGGAGGGAGUAACAGCCACCAGCCGAAGAGCGGCGCGACCAAUCCACCGCCCAGGUGCACCGGCUUCGGCAUCCAGGAGAUACUGGGUCUGAAUAAGGAGCCAUCCGUAGCCCCGAGGAGCCCACUGGCCUCGCUGCCGGCCGGGGCGCACCUUAUCGCCGCCAGGUCCAUGCUGGGCCCCGCCGGCGUGGGUGUCGGGAUGGGCUUAAUCGGCCCUGGUGGGAUUCCAUCGUUUUACAGCCAGCCAGCGUUUUUGGAGACUGUGCUGUCUGACGGGCAAGAUGUUCACCUGCAGCCCCACAGCAGGUCCGUGGGCCCGCUGGACACCAGCCAGUCUGCCAGCUCAGACUCUGAAGAUUUGUCUUCUAAUGAACGAAAACUCUCCAAGUCGUCAGUAAGUCAGAGCAAGAAAAGGAAGAAAAGACGCCACCGGACCAUAUUCACCUCGUAUCAGCUGGAGGAGCUAGAAAAGGCAUUUAAUGAAGCGCACUACCCGGAUGUUUAUGCCCGAGAGAUGCUGGCCAUGAAAACAGAGCUACCUGAAGACAGGAUACAGGUGUGGUUUCAGAACCGGAGGGCCAAGUGGAGGAAGAGGGAGAAAUGCUGGGGUCGCAGCACAGUGAUGGCUGAAUAUGGACUGUAUGGAGCCAUGGUGAGGCAUUCAAUCCCUCUGCCAGAGUCCAUCCUCAAGUCUGCAAAGGAUGGUAUCAUGGAGUCCUGCGCCCCCUGGCUGCUUGUCCAGGAUGGCUUACCAAUCAACAGACGCUAUUCUAAAUCUGAAUACCCGCAACUCUUUGCAGGGAUGCACAAAAAGUCCAUGGAGGCUGGAGCACCCCCGCCGUCAGGAAAGGGCGAUGCACCCCAGCAGCCGAGCUCUCAGAGGGCAGAAGACGCCGAGGCCGAGGAGAAGAGGUCAGAAGGCAAGUCUGUCAUUUCUAAAGAGGAACUGAGAGAGAACAGCAUUGCCGCGCUCAGGGCGAAAGCACAGGAGCACAGUGCCAAAGUGCUGGGAACAGUUUCUCAUGACAGACAGUUGGAGGGCAAACCGGAGAGACAGGAGGCCGAGGAGAAAGCCAGCGAUCCCCUGAGUUCACCAGAGGAGCAGAAAAGUCCAUAGAGACUGUCGAAUUCACUGAGGACUCUUGUUUUCACGAGUGAACGCAGUGGUCUGGCUGCUUUAAGCAUGGACUUACCUGGUAUGACUCGCUGUCCUGCAGAUGGCCUGCAUCUGGACUCCUUUAAGGAGAAAACUCAUCUGGUUUGCUGCUGCACACAAGAUGCAAAUGCACUUUCCCCCCCUCCCUGAUUCACUUCAAAACAUACAGCUGUUGCUUGAUCAUCAUAGAGAAAGGCUGAAAAGAGCAAGAGUGAGAAAUAUCCCUGUAUAUAGAUCCCACAAUUAUAUAGAGAGAGCCAGAUGAGCAGAAUUUCAUCCAGUGCAACAUGAAGUACUUGCAAUGAGCAGUCAGUGUGUCAAAGUCUGCAUUUCAUUUUAACCUUUGCUUGUACAGUUACUAAGUGCUGACGUUUUAGAUAAGAGCCGCCCCACCGACAGAACUCUUUCAAGAGAAAGACAGUAAAUGUUGUCCUAUAUCGUGCUGUAAAUAAUUGAUAUAUUAA